AUGUGGCAGAUGAAUAAACGCGACACUAACCUGUCGCCUUCGCCCCAACCGGGAAAGCCAGUUAUGAGAACGCCUCUCCGAGAACUUGUCCUGCAGCCCAGCGCCCUCACCAGCUCUGGAAAAGGUCCCCCAGUAUGCGACACGCUGUCCCCAUCAUUGUCCAAGCUGGGACUGCAGAAAGGCAGCAACAACUCGUCUCUACUGGAGUGUGUCAAUGCUAAGAAGACAGACUCUCCUUCAGAACAGUUUAGCCAUCCCUCAAAGUGGCUAGAAACUUGUCAACAGGAAUCUGAUGAGCCCCACCUUGAUCCAGUUCCCCAAACCAACUCUACUCCCAAAGCAUCUGAGGAAACGGUAGACUUACUGGCUGAUAAUGUGAUUAAAACCCUGGUCCUGGAACCUCCUAUAUUGGGGCAGCAGCAAGAUAUUACACACACAGUCCAUUUAGACACCAUGGAAGAGACGAAUAGCACGUCUCUAGAUGAGCCUUUGAGAACAGAAGAUCUUCAGGGAAAGGGGGAAGCACCCUGCGUAGAAGACAGCUUUUCAGAAGUUGUUCUUGCCUUGCCUGAGAAACCUACAUUUGAAGAGCUUCCACCCCAUCUCUUAGAGUACUCACCAAAUCUGAACUCCGAGCAGGGCCCACACUCUCCCAAGGAAAGCCUGAGAGAUGGCCUGGCUGAGGCUGAGGACUUGAGCCCUUCUGAAAGUAAUGCCCUCUUGCCUACCUCCAUGCUCUGGCUUUCCCCUUCUACUGCCUUAGCCGCAGAUUUCCCUGUCAGUGAUGUGGACCCAGGAGAGGGAAUUGUAGAGCACAGAGCUAAUAAGGAAGGAGAAAUGAGCUCUCUCACAUUCCAUGAGGAGGCUGAAUUCAGAGAGCAAGCAUUUGUCUCAGAUAUGGAAGGUAUUCCGUCCACAUGUCUGACCCUAAAUCCAGGAGAGAUGGAAUCCCAGGUAGCUUCAGAACUGGCAGUGGAAGAUGCUGGUAGGAUUCUCAUCUCUGAUACAGGACCGUGGAUGUCUCCACUGGCCUGGCUGGAAAAAAGUGUAAAUACCUCUGCCAUGCUGGAAAAUCUCCGUCAAAGCUUAUCCCUUCCCUCUGUGCUUCGGGAUGCUGCGAUUGGCACAACGCCUUUCUCUACUUGCUCGGUUGGGACUUGGUUUACUCCCCCAGCCCCACAUGAAAAGAGUUCAGAAGCAUCCCAAACAGGCGUGGUGGACACGAAGGACAGUCCUGAGCCAGAGCACCUCUUGUGGCGCCGCCCUCCAGAUCUGACUACCUUAUCUCGACGUGACCUGGAAGAUAACCUGCUGAACUCUCUUGUCGUUCUGGAAGUUCUUUCCCAUCAGCUGCGGGAUUGGAAGAGACAGCUGACAAGCUCUCACCCAGAAGUUCAGGACAAUAACACACAGACUGAUACCUCUCCCUGUGGGAUAAGUAAGAAGCCUCCAUGUCUUUGGGAGAACCAAGAGAUUGGGCAGGCGCUGCAACAGGCCAGGAAUAUCAUGCAGUCAUGGGUGCUGAUCUCUAAAGAGGUGAUAUCCUUGCUUCACCUAUCUAUGUUACACUUAGAAGAAGAUAAAGCCACCAUGAGCCAGGAGUCUCGGCGUGUGGAAACCUUGGUCUCCUGCUGUUUCGAUGUGUUGAAGAAAUUGAGGACAAGACUCCAGAGCCUCAAAGCAGAAGGCGCGGAGGCAAAACACAGAGAGGAAAUGGCCCUCCGAGGCCAGGAUGCGGCAGAAACUGUGCUAGAGGCUUUCUGUGCACAUGCCAGCCAGCGUAUAAGCCAGCUAGAACAGGAUGUGGCAUCCUUGAGGAAGUUCAGAAGCCUUUUGAAGGAAACCCAGACCCAAAUGGUAGGCCUUCAUACUGAGCAAGAAGAGCUGGCUCAUCAGACAUCGAGUCUUACUUCAGUCUUGCAUCAGGACUGGAUAGCCAUGCAACUGGAUUAUGUAACAUGGACAGCUUUGCUGAGUCGGUCUCAAGAACUCAUAAAGAAACUCACAGCCAAGAGCAAGCAGACUCUGCAGGAGCGUGACACUGCACUUGAAGAAAAGCAGCAGGUUUCUAGGGAACUGGAACAAGUCUCUGCCCAUUUAGAGGACUGCAAAGGCCAAGUAGAACAAUUAAAGUUGGAAAACACUCGUUUAGCAACAGAUCUCCGGGUCCAGCUGCAGAUUCUGGCCAGCAUGGAGAACCAGCUGAAAGAGCUACAGAGUCAGCAUGCCCACUGUACCCAGGACCUGGCCACAAAGGAUGAAUUGCUCUGCCAGCUUACCCAGAGCAAAGAGGAGCAGGCUGCUCAAUGGCAACAGGAAGAGAUGGCCCUAAAACACAUGCAGGCUGAACUGCAGCAGCAACAGGCUGUCCUGGCCAAGGAGGUACAAGACUUGAAGGAGACCUUGGAGUUUGCUGACCAAGAGAAUCAGGUUGCUUACUUGGAGCUGGGUCAGGUUGAGUGUCAGUUGAAAACCACGCUGGAAGUGCUCCGGGAACGCAGCCUGCAGUGUGAAGACCUCAAGGACACCAUAGAAAACCUGAAGGCUCAGCUGGCUAGCACCAUAGCAGAAUACCAGGAGCAAGACCUGGAGAAGACGCAUCAGUAUUCCCAGGAGCUUGGGGUGUUGACUGAGCAACUACAGAACCUAACCUGCUUCCUACAGGAGAAACUACAGGAAAAGGCUGAUCCCGAAGCACAACCUCCACUCACCAACAGUGCCUGCUUGGGAAGCAUCUUGACAGCAAAAGUAGACACAGAAUCGGCUCCUGUGCCCUUGCUUGGAAGUGACAAGAGUGCGUUCACCCGAGUAGCACCCAUGGCGUCCCUUCAGCCUACAGAGACCCCUGAUGUGGAGAAGAGUCUGGCAGAACUGAGUGGUAGGACUCUGGAGCUUCAGAGCCUGUGUUCCCUGCUGCAAGAGUCUAAAGAAGAAGCUGUCAGGAGUCUGCAGGGGAAAAUUUGUGAUCUACAGGAUAGACUGCAGGCCCGGGAAGAACAGCAUCAGGAAGCGCAGAAGGCAAAGGAAGCAGACAUAGAGAAGCUGAACCAGGCCUUGUGCUUGCGCUACAAGAAUGAAAAAGAGCUGCAGGAGGUGAUACAGCAGCAAAACCAGAAGAUCCUAGAGCAGAUAGACAAGAGUGGCGAGCUCAUAAGCCUGAGAGAGGAGGUGACACAACUUACCCGCUCACUUCGGCGUGCAGAGACAGAGACUAAGGUGCUCCAAGAGACUCUGGCAGGCCAGUUGGACCCCAGCUGUCAGCCCAUGGCCACUAGUUGGAUCCAGGAGAAAGUGUGGCUCUCCCAGGAGGUGGAUAAACUGAGGGUGAUGUUCCUGGAGAUGAAAAAUGAGAAAGCAAAACUCAUGGUCAAGUUCCAGAGCCAUAGAAAUAUCCUGGAAGAGAAUCUUCGGCGUUCUGACAAGGAAUUAAAGAAACUAGAUGACAUUGUUCAGCACAUUUAUGAGACUUUGUUGUCCAUUCCAGAUGUUGUGAAGGGCUGCAAGGAGCUACAGGAAUUGCUGGAAUUUCUGAGCUAAGAAAUGGAAAGCUGGAAUCUGUUUUCACCCCUUUUUACCUGUAUUACACCUUUAACCCAGUUCCAGGACCAACUGGCACACAGCCAGAGAUGUUUAUCUUUUUUUUUUUAUUAUUACUUAA